GAGCUGAUCGAUCCCAGACUGCUCGAUCUUUAAUCACUGUCAUCCUCCGCUGACACGGAAGUCAGGUGAACGCUGACGGUGACCCUGCAGCAGGGUCUCUCCCGGAGCUUUCAGUCAUGGUGUUCGAGUCUCUGGUCAGCGACCUGCUGAACAGGUUCAUCGGAGACUAUGUGGAGAAUCUGGACAAGUCUCAGCUGAAGAUCGGGAUCUGGGGAGGAAACGUCGUCCUCGAGAACCUGAAGGUGAAGGAGAAUGCGCUGAGUGAAUUUGAUGUUCCGUUCAAAGUGAAGGCCGGGCAGAUUGGGAAGCUGACGUUGAAGAUUCCCUGGAAGAACCUGUACAACGACGCUGUGGUCGCCACGCUGGACGGUCUGUACCUGCUGGUCGUUCCUGGAGCCACGAUAAAGUAUGAUGCAGUAAAGGAGGAGCGUUACCAGCAGGAGGCGAAGCAGAGAGAACUGCAACGCAUCGAGGAAGCGCUUCAGAUGGCGGCACGCAGAGCGUCUCAGACUGGAGAUCUGCUGUUCAGUCUGGAGAGUGUUGUUUACAAGGAGCCUCACAACGUCCCAAAAGGACGUAAAAAACAAAAAAAGCACAAAAAAGGUUUGAAGAAGCUGAAACGACAUGAGAACAAAGCAGGGAACUCGAACCCUCUGGAAGAGAAGAAAGACUCGUUUAUGGAGAAAUUGGCCACUCAGGUGAUCAAAAACCUGCAGGUGGAGAUCAGCAGCAUCCACCUGCGCUACGAGGAUGAUGUGUCGGAUCCUCAGCGGCCCCUGUCGAUGGGAGUGACCCUGUCUGAGCUCAGCCUGCAGACCACGGAUGAGAACUGGAAGUCGUGUAUCCUAAACGAAGCAGCAAAGAUCAUCUACAAGCUCGGACGUCUGGAGUGUCUCUGCGCAUACUGGAACGUCAACAGUCCGAUCUUCUACAAAGGAUCAUGGGAAACCAUAGUGGAUCAGCUGAGGCGUGGGAUCAGCAGUAAGGAUCAGGAGCUGCCUCAGUAUCAAUACAUUUUUAAGCCGAUCUUCGCUUCGGCUAAAAUGUGUAUCAACCCGAACGCUGAACUGGAACUAAAAUCCCCAAAAGCCAACCUGCACCUGGAGGUCCAGAACAUCGCCAUAGAAAUGACCAAACCACAGUACCUGACGAUGGUGGAGCUGCUGGAGUCCAUUGACUGCAUGGUGAAGAACGCUCCGUACAGGAAGUUCAGGCCCGACGUCCCCGUCCACGCCAACUCAAAACUCUGGUGGAGGUACGGCUUCAACAGUAUCCUGGAGGUCCACAUCCGGCGUUGCAGCCACAUGUGGUCCUGGUGCAACAUCAGACAGCAUCGGGAGAACCUGAAGGCCUACAAGACCGCCUACAAGACCAAACUGCUGAGUCAGAGCAAGUUGAGCCUGGACGCUGAACGCCACAUACAGGAUCUGGAGAAAGUUCUGGACGUCUUCAACAUCACUUUAGCUCGGCAGCAGGCUCAGAUGGAGGUGAUCCGCUCAGGACAGAAGGUGGUGGGGAAGAAGGCGGCGGGGCCGAAGCAGGGAGGAGGAGGAGGCUUCUUCAGCAGCUUCUUCAGCAGGAAAGCCAAGAAGGAGGAGCAGGAGCCGGAGGAGAGCAAGGAGCUGGAGGGUUCUGGGUUGGACGAGCUCAUGACAGCUGAUGAGAAGGAGAAGCUGUACACCGCCAUCGGCUACAGCGGCAGCUCUCACAACCUGGCUUUACCCAAACAGUACGUCGCCGUCGUUGUCACCUUCCAGCUGUUCAGGACCUCGGUGACAGUCAGAGAGCAGCCAGAUGUCCCUGAGAUCCUCAAGAUUCAGAUGAUUGACCUCAGCACCAAAAUAUCUCAGAGACCUGGAGCUCAGGCAAUCAGGGUGGAAGCUGCAUUGGAGCACUGGUAUGUGACGGGGUUACAGCAGCAGGGGGCGGUGCCCUCACUCAUCGCCUCAGUGGGAGACUCCGACUCCUCGCUGCUCAGUGUGGUGUUUGAGUUGAACCCUGAAGACAGCGCCGCCGACCAGCUGCUGAGAGUCAGCUCACAGCCCGUCGAGAUCAUCUACGACGCGCUGACCAUCAACAACAUGACCGACUUCUUCAGGACGGGGAAAGGUGUCGACCUGGAGGUCCUGACAUCCGCCACGCUGUCCAAGCUGGAGGAGAUCAAAGAGAAGACCGCCACAGGACUGUCUCAUAUCAUCGAGACCAGGAAGGUUCUGGACUUGAGGAUCCAUCUGAAGCCGUCCUACCUGCUACUGCCGAAGUCGGGCUUCUACGGCGACACGUCAGACCUCGUCAUUGUGGACUUCGGCAGUUUACAGUUGAACAGUGUGGAGCAGAGCGGUUUCAGUUCGUCUUCGUCCUUUUCUUCUCUGGAGGAGAUCAUGGAUCGAGCAUACGAGAGAUACAGCGUUGAGCUGCGACGAGUCCAGGUGCUCUACAGCAAGUCAGGUGAGGCCUGGAAGGCAGCUCGGCUGCAGGCUUCGUCCGUCCAACACAUCCUGCAGCCGAUGGACUUCACUGUCCAGCUGGCGAAGUGUAUGGUGGAGAAGGACGCCCGGAUGCCCAGGUUUAAGGUGUCAGGCGAGCUGCCGCUGUUGCAUGUUAAGAUCUCGGACCAGAAGAUCCAGAACAUUCUGGAUCUGGUUGACAGCAUCCCGCUGCCCCACAUAGGCUCCUCUCCCUCCACGCCCACCGGGAAGGCGCUGUCGUUGGCGGAGGUGAGGCCGCAAGUCCUCAACCUUCACCCCUCCCUCCUUGAUGCCAUGGAAACAGAUUCAGAUGAAGACACCAGUGAGAAGUCGAUAGAUGAGGAUCACCAGCGCUCAGCUCUGGAGGAACUCACCGACGUUCACUUCAAGUUUGAAGUCAAAGAGGUGCUGCUGGAGCUGACCCGGCAGGUGGACCAGGAGAAGACCGUCCUGUCCUUCAGCAUCUUUCAGCUGGGAGCUGAAGGGAAGAGGCGGAGCUUCGACCUGAGCGUCACCUCCUACCUGCACAGAGUCACAUUGGACUACUGCGACGUGCCAGACGGCAGGAAUCAUCCUCUCCACCUGAUCAGCUCCUCAGAGCAGCAGGGCUCCAGCCUGCUGAAGGUGGAGUUCAUCAAGGCCGACCCCAGUGGUCCCAGCUUCCAGACGCUGUUCAACAACACCGAGCAAACACUGAAGGUGGAGUUUUCCUCUCUGGACUUCCUCCUUCAUACUAAAGCUCUGCUGUCAACAAUCAACUACCUGAGCAGCGCUGUGCCGCUGCAGUUUAGCGCCGCACGCAACCCGGACUCCAAGAAGCAGGUGGAGAAGGCCGGCCAGGGCAGGACAGCAUCUAAAGAAGCCAAAGAUGGUGGCAUGUUCAGCUUCAAACUGUUCGCCAUGUUGGGCUGUUUCCACGUGGAGGUGUGUGACGAUCGCUGCAGCAUCGCUGACAUCAGAGUGCAGGGAAUCGAUGCAUCAGUGUUGGUGCAGGCGAAGCAGACGGAGGUGUUCGCCCGACUCAGAGACAUCGUGGUCACCGACGUCAACCCCAAAACCGUCCACAAGAAGGCCGUGUCCAUCAUGGGUGAGGAGGUGUUCAGCUUUAAACUGUCCCUGUUUCCGGGGGCGACGGUGGGGGACGGAUACAGCGACACGUCGAAGGUGGACGGGAAGGUCACGAUGCGUCUGGGCUGCAUCCAGAUCGUCUACCUGCACAAGUUCCUGAUGUCACUGCUGAUGUUUGUCGAUAACUUCCAGACGGCUAAAGAGGCUCUGAGCGCCGCGACGGCUCAGGCGGCAGAGAAGGCGGCGUCCAGCGUUCGGGACUUCGCUCAGAAGAGCUUCCGUCUCUCCAUGGACAUCAACCUGAAGGCGCCGCUCAUCAUCAUCCCCCAGUCGUCCACCUCCCAUAAUGCCGUGGUGGUGGAUCUGGGUCUGAUCACGGUGGGAAACAGCUUCGUGCUGCUGCCAGCUGAAGGCUUCUCUCUGCCCGCUGUGGUGGAGAAGAUGGACAUGAAGCUGACACAGCUGAAACUCUCCAGAACCACACUGAAGAGAGACUCCUCUCAGCCAGACAUUGAGAUCCUUCAGCCAAUCAACUUGGAGCUACUCGUCACCAGAAACCUGGCAGCUUCAUGGUUCACCAAGAUCCCGGGAGUCCAGGUCCAGGGAGUCCUGCGGUCCCUGAACAUGAGUCUUGGUGAGGAAGACCUCGGUGUGCUGAUGAAGAUCCUAGUGGAGAACAUCGGGGAGGGAAGUAAAGAACACAGCAUGGAUGUCAACAGACAGGUGGCUCAAGAGAGGGCGGAGCUUGCUGAGCGACAGGUGGUGUCGUUACAGAUGGGAUCUGACAGUGUGUCGGCUGCCGCCAACGGAGGUCUGAGUGAAAACAUCAUCAAUGUUCUGCUUAACUUUGAAAUCAAAGAGGUGCUGCUGACGCUAAAGAAGCCCAGAGAGCAGAAAGAGUCACCUUUUCUGGUUUUCCACAUUGCUCACCUGGGCAUCGACACCAAAGUCAGGAAGUAUGACAUGUGUGCCACCACCUACAUCAACAAGAUCACCAUGAAGUGCCUGGAGUUCAAAGACUCGAGUGGAGAGCCACUGUGUCUCAUCAGCUCUUCAGUGGAAUCUGGAGCUGAGCUGCUCAAAGUACAAUACUUCAAGGCCGACCGCUCUGGACCAAACUUUUCCACCGUCUACAAGAACACUGAGCAGAUGAUCAAUGUGACUUUCACCUCUCUUGACCUCAUGCUCCACACUGAGGCUCUACUGUCAGCCAUCAACUUCCUGUCAGCAGCGCUGCUGUCUGGCAGCGUUUCGUCUCCGGAGAAAGAGAUCAGACUUAAGACAGAUGACAGCAAGACGUUGUCCACCAAAUCCACUGCCCUCGUGUCACCUGCAGACAGUGAGGUCAUCGACUUAAAGGUGAUGAUGACGCUGGGAGCCUUCAAUGUCCUGGUGUGCGACCAGAGCUGCAACAUGGCCGACAUCAAGAUCCAAGGUAUUAAUGGCUCUUUGCUGAUGCAAGGACCACAAACUCAUUUAUCAGCCCGUCUGAGAGAUUUCAUGGUUCUCAACAUUGAUCCCAAAAGCAUCCACAAGAAGGCCAUCUCCAUCGUGGGCGACGAGGUAUUCAGUUUCACCAUGAGUCUGACUCCCAACGCCACUGAGGGCGCCGGCUACGCCGACACUUCCAAAACCGACGGCAGAGUGAAGCUGAAUGUGGGCUGCAUCCAGGUGGUCUACCUGCACAAGUUCGUCAUGUCUCUGCUGAACUUCACCAACAACUUCCAGAUGGCUAAAGGAGCUCUGAGCGCCGCGACGGCUCAGGCGGCAGAGAAGGCGGCGUCCAGCGUUCGGGACUUCGCUCAGAAGAGCUUCCGUCUGUCCAUGGACAUCAAACUGAAGGCGCCGCUCAUCAUCAUCCCCCAGUCGUCCACCUCCCAUGAUGCCCUGAUAAUGGACCUGGGUCUGAUCACGGUGGGAAACAGCUUCUCGCUGCUGCCUGUCGACGGAUGCCCGCUGCCGGCCGUCAUCGACAACAUGGACGUCCAGCUGACGCAGCUCAAGCUCUCCAGGACCUGUAUGGACCCGGCAUCGAGUCGGCCCAGCAACGAGCUCCUGGAACCGGUCAACCUGCACCUGAGCAUCAACAGGAACCUGGCAGCGUCCUGGUACAGGAAGAUGGCUGCCGUGGAGAUCGAUGGUGAUCUAAAGCCCAUGAAGGUGUCACUGAGCCAGGAUGACCUGAAGAUGCUGCUGAGGAUCCUGAUGGAGAACCUGGGAGAGGCCGGCAGCCUGGAGCCCAGCACCCCAAAACAAGAGAGCAACCUGCAGCUCCGAGCGUCCGGCGGCCCCCAGACAGAUAAUAUUGGGAAGCCAAGUGUAACCAGUGAUGAAGAGGAGGACGAAGCUCUGGAGACUCUGAAGUUUAACUUCAACAUCGAGUCUCUUGGACUGGUUCUGUACAGAAACGACCCCAAACAGCAGUCCGACCCCCAGCAUCAGGAGAGCCUCCGCCUGGGCGAGUUGGCCCUCCACCUCCUGAAGACUUCAGGGAAGAUCCUGACCAGCGGCCGGCUGGAGGUGAACACCGUCCUGACAGCCUGCACGCUGGACGACCUGAGGACCGGCAUGGAUCGGGUAACCUCACGGAUGGUUGGCCGGCGAGACGAGCAGAGUUCAGAGGUGAUGAUCGAUGUGACGUACCGGCAGAGCGGCGAGGAGAGGGAGGUGGUGGCUGUGCUGCAGAAACUCUACCUGUGUGCCAGCGUGGAGUUCCUGAUGGCCGUCGCAGAUUUCUUCCUCCAGGCUUUGCCGCAGACUCAGACUGUGACUGCCGCUUCAGCGCCAAGUGACAGGCUGCCGCUGAGACUCACAACUGACCCGCGAAGUGACACCAAGACCGCCUUCAUGGUGAGGACUCGUCUCCGUGCGGUGGUGGUGGACCCGGAGGUGGUGUUUGUGGCCAGCCUGAUGAAAGCCGACGCCCCCGCCCUGGUGGUGUCCUUCCAGUGUGACUUCACACUGCAGGCCGAGGACGACUGCACCCAGAACAUGAGGGCCAACCUGCGGGAGCUGAAAGUCCUGGCAUGCCCCUUCAUCCGCAACAAGCAGGACACGGCGGUCACCACCGUGUUGAGGCCUUGCUCAGUUGUCUUGGAAACCAAGACCCACCCCAACCAACCACUGAGGGGCUCUGUGAUGGUAGAGGAAGUCAUUGUUAAGAUCUCUCCCUUCAUCCUCAACACACUGAUGACAAUAACGGCCGCCAUGACAACGAAACAGCGGGACGAGCAGAGCCAGGAGUCGAAGCUGGAUGUCAGUGACCUCUGGUCCGUCAUGAACGUCUACACCGGUAACUACUGGUUCCUGGGAGUGGACCAAGCCACCGAGGUCACCGAGAGCUUCAGAGACCAAGACGGACGCAACGAGGGAGAGAGCUUUGCCGCUGAGGUCAAGGUGGUCCAGGUGACGCUGGAGUCCGGUUUGGGUCAUCGGACAGUCCCGCUGCUGCUGGCCGAGUCCUCCUUUGACGGAUCGGCCAAAAACUGGUCGUCUCUGCUGCAGCUGAGAGCCGAUAUGACGCUGGAGGUGAACUACUUUAAUGAGGUCCAUGCUGUCUGGGAGCCUCUGAUCGAACGAGUUGAUGGUGGCAGACGCAGAUGGAACCUGGAGCUGGAGAUGAAGAACAACCCGGUCCAGGACAAGAGUCCUGUUCAUGGAGAUGACUUUGUCAUUCUUCCUGAACCUCAGACAGCCAUCAACAUCUGCUCCAAAGACACCAUGAACAUCACCAUCUCCCAGUGCAGCCUAAACGUCUUCCACAACCUCGCUAAGGCGUUCUCUGAGGGCACAGCCUCCACCUUCGACUACUCUCUAAAGGAGAAAGCUCCCUUCACCAUCCGAAAUGCUCUGGGGAUCCCCCUCAUCGUGCAGCACAGCGCCAACCUGAGGCCAGUGGGCUCACCUGCUCAGGGAAAACUGCAUGAACUGUCAGUAGACCAGAGUAUGGACCUGGAAUACUCCAUGUUCAAAACGUCGUCCCGCAGCAAACUGUCGGCCCUGCAGCGGCAAGAGAGCUGCCUGUUCAACCUGAGCAUCGUGCCUUCUGGAUUCAGCGAGAUCUCCAACAUCGCUGUGGAUAAGCCGGGCCGCCGCCUCUACAACAUCCGCGGUCCGAAGCUGCAGGAGGCCGUUUCUGUGUUGGUGCAGAUCGAUGCCACCGAGGGCAACAAGGUCAUCACCGUCCGCUCGCCGCUGCAGAUAAAGAAUCACUUCUCUGUGCCAUUCGCUAUCCUGAAGUACUGUCCAACAUCCAGGAGCCUGCAGAGUGUCGGACAGGCCGAACCUGAGAAAGAGUUUCACAUCGCCCUAGAAACCUACAGAUGCCAGCUGUUUGUCCGUCCGGCAGGGUGUCUGGACGGUCAGUACGGGCCGUCUUCCACCUGCGUGGCGUGGAAGGAGCAGGUGCACCGCAGCUCAGAGGUACGCUCGGUGCUGCAGUGCCCAGCGGCCGACAGCAGCCUGCUGCCGCUGAUGGUCAGCACGCUGGCCGUCCCUGACGACCUGCGACACAUCGCCAGCCAUGGAGAGGAGGACUGGGAUCCCGCCUACAUCAUCCACCUGCACCCGGUGGCCACGCUACGCAACCUGCUGCCCUACACCAUCCGCUACAUGCUGGAGAGCUCUGCAGACUCGUACGAGCUUCAGGAAGGCAGCACGUCGGACCUCCUGAACGCUCGUGUGUCAGGUGAGAUCAUGUCAUUGGUGCUGAUGAGGUAUCAGGGUCGCAACUGGCACGGACACGUUCGAAUCGAACAGGAAAUGCCGGAGUUCUUUGCCGUCUGUCUCACCUGUGACACCGACACCAACAUGACGGUGGACGUGAGCAUGCAUGUGUCGAGGACUACGAGCCGCCUGCUGCUGUCGCUCUUCAGCCCGUACUGGAUCAUCAACAAGACGUCUCGAGUGCUGCAGUACAGAGCCGAGGACGUCAGCGUCAAACACCCGGCCGACUUCCGAGACAUUAUCUUGUUCUCCUUCAGGAAGAAGAAUCUCUUCAGCAAGAGCAAGCUCCAGCUGUGCAUCUCCACCAGCUCCUGGUCAGAUGGUUUCUCUCUGGACACGGUGGGAAGUUACGGCUGCGUUCGCUGUCCUGCCAACAACAUGGACUUCCUGGUGGGAGUGAGCAUCCAGAUGAGCAGCUUCAACCUGACCCGGAUCGUCACCAUGAGUCCGUUCUUCACGCUGGUCAACAAGUCCUCGUAUGAACUGGAGGUGGGAGAAGUCAGCCAGACCUCCACCAGGUGGCACUACAUCGCCUCCACAGAGUGCCUCCCUCUGUGGCCGGAGGACACCUCGGGGAAGUUGUGCGUCCGUGUGGUCGGAUCUGAAUCCACCACCAGAUUCUUCUUCUUCAACCAGCAGGACAACGGCACCCUGCUGAGUCUCGACAUGUGUGGUGGGAUCAUCGUGGAUGUCAACAUAGCCGAUCACUCCACCGUCAUCAGCUUCAGUGAUUACUAUGAAGGAGCAGCGCCCGCCCUGCUGCUCAACCACACACCCUGGGUCACCAUCAGCUACAGACAGAGCGGCUCGGCGGUGGUUCACCAGCUGAAACCCGGCGAGGCUCGGCGGUUUGCGUGGGACGAUCCGGCGGGUGUCCGGACGCUCAGCUGGAGCUGCCUGGAACAUUCUGGAGAGCUGGACCUGCUGAAGGACGAGAUGGGUCAGUUCUCCUACGACAGCCUGUCUCAGGUCCACUGGGUUUCCUUCCUGGACGGACGCCAACGAGUGCUGCUGUUCACUGAAGACGUUGCUGUGGUGACAAAAGCGCGGCAGGCCGAAGAGCUGGAGCAGUUCCAACAGGAGGUGAAGGUGUCGCUGCAAAACCUCGGCCUGUCACUGGUCAACAACGCCAACCGGCAGGAGAUCGCUUACAUUGGCAUCACCAGUUCAGGUGUGGUCUGGGAGAUGAAGCCAAAGAAUCGAUGGAAGCCGUUCAGUCAAAAAAACAUCAACCUGCUGGAGAAAACCUACCAGAGUCAGCUGGGCGGGAAGAUGGAGGGCGGCUGGGUCAAACUGGAAACCAACCUGGAGGUGAACCUCAGUGGAGCCAUCAUGAUGAUGCGUCAGCCGUUUACCUGUCCGGUGAGGAGGAACUUCCUGUCUGGCAUCCAGGUGGAGUUCAAGCAGUCACUGCACCAACGCAGCCUGAGGGCCCAGCUGUACUGGCUGCAGGUGGAUAACCAGCUUCCAGGGGCAAUCUUCCCCAUCGUCUUCCAUCCUGUUCCUCCUCCAAAAUCCAUCGCUCUGGACUCAGAGCCGAAGCCGUUCAUCGACGUGUCCGUCAUCACAAGGUUCAACCAGCACAGCAGCGUCAUGCAGUUCAAGUACUUCAUGGCUCUGGUUCAGGAGAUGGCGGUGAAGAUCGAUCAGGGUUUCCUGGCAGCCAUCUUGGCUCUGUUCACACCUGCUGCAGACCGUCAGUCUGACAGACAGAAGUCCCAGCUGUUAGACGGGGACCUGCAGCUGCUUCAGGCUGAACUGAUGGAAGCGUCUCUGAGCGACACGUCAGGACUCAACUUCUUCCAACAUUUCCACAUCUCUCCCAUCAAGCUGCACCUCAGCCUGUCUCUGGGCUCCAGCGGCGACUCGGAUGAGGAGACGGCGUCGGUUCAGUCUCUGAAUCUGCUACUGAAAAGUCUCGGAGCGACGCUGACGGAUGUUGACGACCUCAUCUUCAAACUGGCUUUCUUCGAGGUGAAGUACCAGUUUUACCGCAGGGAGACGCUGAUGUGGGCGGUGCUGCGCCACUACAGCGAACAGUUCCUGAAGCAGAUGUACGUUCUGGUUCUGGGUCUGGAUGUUUUGGGAAACCCGUUCGGACUGAUCCGAGGUCUGUCGGAGGGCGUCGAGGCCUUCUUCUAUGAACCCUUCCAGGGUGCGGUUCAGGGUCCGGAGGAGUUUGCUGAAGGUUUUGUGAUUGGGGUCCGGAGUCUGCUGAGUCACACUGUCGGCGGCGCUGCAGGUGUGGUGUCCAGGAUCACGGGCUCGGUGGGAAAGGGUCUGGCGGCGAUCACCAUGGACAAAGAGUUCCAGCAGAAGAGACGAGAGGAGAUGAACCGAACGCCCAGAGACUUCGGAGAGAGUCUGGCUAAAGGAGGGAAAGGACUGCUGAAGGGUGUCGUCGGGGGAGUUACAGGCAUCGUCACCAAGCCUGUGGAGGGUGCGAAGAAGGAGGGCGCGGCUGGAUUCUUUAAAGGCAUCGGGAAGGGUCUGGUGGGCGUGGUCGCCAGGCCGACAGGCGGCAUUGUGGACAUGGCGAGCAGCACCUUCCAGGGUAUCCAGAGAGCGGCUGAUUCGACAGAGGAAGUGACCAAACUGCGGCCGGUGCGACUGGUCAGAGAGGACGGCAUCAUCCGGCCGUACGACCGGACGGAGUCGCAGGGUUUCGAGCUCUUCCAGCGCUCAGAGAUAAGGCAGCUGGACGGUGAAGUGUUCAGAGAUUACUGUCCGUUUCCUGGACAAAGAAAGACUAACAUCAUCAUCACCAACAGGAGGGUUUUUUGCGUGAAGGAGAUCGACUUCGUUGGUCAUUUCAACAAAGAGUGGGAGUGUUUGUUUGAGAACUUCUACCGUCCUCCGGCUGUGACGGGAACUGAGCUGAAGAUCUACUGCAAGGAACAGCAGAAGUUGAAGCUUCCUAAGAGAGACGGUCAGGAGUCUGUGCGGAGUGUCCAGCUCAGAGACACAAACACUGCUCAGAAGCUGCAGGCAGCCAUAUCAGAUGCUCAGGUGGCGCAGCAGCAGCACCGCAUGGCGAGGCAGAAGUCACAGCGCUUCCUGAAACUGCCCAACAAGCCCUGAGUCCACAUCCAGGAUGUUUAUCUGGGAUCUCAGUAAAAGCUGAUGGUUUCUGUAAAUGUGGGACUUUUCCUUCAAGAAAUAUAAACACCGUAAACAUAUAAACCCGUAAUCAUUUAUUAUUCAGAUAUAUCCGAUAUGAUCAAUCUGGUCAUUAAUCAGAGAAAGUUGCUUCCUAAAACUACAGAUCUUUGCUCUUGAUCAUCACAUUCACACUCUGUUUUCAUUCUCAUCCAGCUGAUCUGUGUCCGUGGUUACGGUCUUGUUUGUAUCCAUGGUUACAGAGUAGACUGUUUCCAUGGUUACAGCCAAAGUAGCUAACAGCAAAAUGUGAACAAGCAGAUUAAAAACAUUGAUUCAUUCAUCAUCAGUAACUCUUCAUCAGCUGUUCUAGAGAGAUCUUAAUAUCAGAUGGAUUUUUAUUUAGACAAACAGCUUUUAUUUACCCAGUUUAGAGCUGCUUUACUUCUUGGAGCUGCUACUUUUUGAGGUUGGGGAUCAAAUUCAGAUCAUGUUUUAUUAAUUUAGGUGCACAAACAGCUGCUCAGAUGGAUCCGUCCAAUCAGCUGAGGAGCUGACUGAGCAGCGCACUGCAACAAACACCUGCUCAGGUGAAUCCGUCCAAUCAGCUGAGGAGCUGACUGAGCAGCGCACUACAGGGUUGUGGGUUUGAUUCCCUUUGGAGCUCUUCUCGCACACCUCUGUAGUCUUUGUGACAAGUACGUUGGUGAAGUAGCCAUGUAUCGAAAGGAGGAAAGGACCCCCACACACUGUCUUCUGCUCAAUAAAGAUACUUUAAUAUACACAAUGACCAUAUAUACCCGAAGAAGCUCUUAAUUUUUGAAACCAAAGAAACCAUGUGUUCACUGUUAUUCUGUCAGAUGUUGUUUCUGACUUCCUGUUGCCUUCACAGCCUUCACAAAAAAAUCAACAAAUAACUGCAUUCUAUUAGAACAUCUGAAUAUCUUUGAAUACAUGUAAAUAUGAUGGUAUGUAUAUCUGCCCUGCUGGUUGCCUGCAGUCUGAUAUGUAUUUCUGCCCUGCUGGUUGCCUGCAGUCUGAUAUGUAUUUCUGUCCUGCUGGUUGCCUGCAGGCUGAUAUGUAUUUCUGCCCUGCUGGUUGCCUGCAGGCUGUUAUGUAUUUUUGCCCUGCAGGUUGCCUGCAGGCUGAUAUGUAUUUUUGCCCUGCUGGUUGCCUGCAGGCUGUUAUGUAUUUUUGCUCUGCUGGUUGCCUGCAGUCUGAUAUGUAUUUCUGUCCUGCUGGUUGCCUGCAGGCUGAUAUGUAUUUCUGCCCUGCUGGUUGCCUGCAGUCUGAUAUGUAUUUCUGUCCUGCUGGUUGCCUGCAGGCUGAUAUGUAUUUCUGCCCUGCUGGUUGCCUGCAGGCUGUUAUGUAUUUUUGCUCUGCUGGUUGCCUGCAGGCCGAUAUGUAUUUUUGCCCUGCUGGUUGCCUGCAGGCUGAUAUGUAUUUUUGCCCUGCUGGUUGCCUGCAGGCUGAUAUGUUUUUUUGCCCUGCUGGUUGCCUGCAGGCUGAUAUGUUUUUUUGCCCUGCUUAUUGCCUGCAGGCUGAUAUGUAUUUCUGCCCUGCUGGUUGCCUGCAGGCUGAUAUGUAUUUUUGCCCUGCUGGUUGCCUGCAGGCUGUUAUGUAUUUCUGCCCUGCUGGUUGCCUGCAGGCUGUUAUGUAUUUCUGCCCUGCUGGUUGCCUGCAGGCUGAUAUGUAUUUCUGCCCUGCUGGUUGCCUGCAGGCUGCACAGUCAUGUGUUGGAAGAUGAAGCCAUAGAAAGAAUUUACUUCCCCGAAAAUGUCAAACAUCGUAUUUGUGAUGAAGUUUGAUUGCUUUGCACUAAGAGAGUAUUUACAGUAAUCAGUGAUAGAAAUAAACACAUGACGAUCUGAAAACAACAAACUCAUAAACAAGAGAAUAAAAUCCGACAGGAAAAGGAAUUAUUGUGCUGUUCUGAGAUAUCUGAGAGGAAAGUUUCAGAUUUCUGAUUCAGUUUGAUUCAACAGGUUUGACUGUUUCAUCACCUGCAGAUCGUCAUGUGUUUACAAAGUGAAGAAUGAAGUUUGAGCUGGAUGUUUACAUGAUCUGCUGCAUGUAAUGAAGAAAUAUCUGUCACUUUUAUUUUUGUCUUUGUUGCUUUUCUUUGUGGCAGCAGCUGAACCUUGAAGGAAAAAUAUUUAGAAAACGCUGGAAAACAUUAAUAAUUUUCUAUAAAGUCCAGAUUUAUUGAUGUCUGCUGUACUGUUGUUUUUUGAGAGUGAAACCUCAGUGCCAUCUUCAAGUUGAAUGUUAGAAAACCAAAAAUAAAUAAAAAGUUUUAUCUGA